CUUUUUACAUGAUAAUGACAGCAGACACUAUCCACAUGACCCUGAUCAAAGGUUUACACAUCCUGCUUCUUAAUAUUGUGCGUUUGCUCUUUGUGGUCGUUGUGGAUGAGGCACUUUAUGUUCUCAGAUGGUAAAUCUGCCCAUUGUUCUUGGUAAAAAGCCUCCAGGAGCUGUUGGGCUGCAGUUCCAGAACCUUCAUCAUGUUGGAAGGUCCAAGUCCGUCCCAUGCUCAGCUUCUGUUACUCCAGGAUGUUCUGAUCACAUGCUACAUUGAUCUUUGUGUUUACAGUAGGAAUGCUCUACUUGUUGACCGCCCGGUCUCAUCACUCCAAAUAACUUUGUUCCAGAAGUGUUGAGGCUUGAGUUUGUGCUGUCUGGAGUAUUAUGGGCUGCUUCGUGACAGUAGUGUAGUAAAGCAUCAUUCUGAGAUUGUACAUCAGCUCAAGUUUUUUGUGGGUUUUUCUAUGACAGACGUUUUUGUUUGGUCUUGGUUUCAGCACAUUAUAUGUGUGUGUGUGUGUGUAUUAUUUUAACAGUGUGCUGGUAUUGUGCACCUUUAGGGGUCACCACUGCCAUCUUGUCCUCUUCUGUCACACCAACUGUCCUCAUGUCCUCCUUCUCUGUGAUCUUCCUCUUCCUCCAUCUUCACCAUCCUUUGUCACCUGUUGCCGCUGACGUCAGCUCAUAUGACCAUGUGUGCAGCUGCUUUCUGUUUGUUUGUUUGCUUUGGAAGAGGAAGUGACAGCGUGAAGGAGCAGUGACAGCGUGAAUCGGAGCUGCGGUGGAAAUCACUUCCCGCGUUCAUCGGCGUCGUUUCCUCGUGGAUCGUGGAAUGAUCGUGGUGUGAAGACGCCACAGUUCAGCUCCUGAACAUGCCCUGGAAUAACACGGAGAACUCCUGCAGCCCUUGGUCACAGGGGCUACAACCACCAUGGAUUUCCAGAGAGGGAGGAUAUCGGAGCCCCACCUACUCGGGGGUGGAGUCGGAUACAGAAAGUAGCAGCACAGAGAGUGAGAGGUCUUCCAGUAGAAAGCUGGACGUGGGCUCAGUGAGGGUCCAGACUUUGACCUCAACGCUCCAACAGCGAUUUACAGAGAUCGAUCAACAGAAGGAGGAACUUCAGAUUGAGCUGCAGCUGGAGAAUGCUUUGCUGCAGGGCGAGCUGCAGACAGAGAAGAAGCAGCUGGACAGACACAUACAGAAGCUGCAGGCUCUACAGCAGGAGGUUAGACGGAAAGAAAAGCAAAGACAUACCAGCAGACAAAAGGAGCUGGAGAGUCUGGAGAGGGAGAGUCGCAGGGUGCAGGAGCUCAGGCGGAGCUGUGAGGAGAAGGAGAAGCUGAUCCCCAGUCAGUCAGAGAGCCGCAGAGAACAGCUGAUCCUGCAGCUGCAGCAGGACAAAGAGGCCAUGGAAUUGGCUGUUCGGGCUUUUGAGGACUGGGAGUUUCACUUCCUGGAGCAAGAGAGCUGCAUUGAUGAGGAGGACAAUGCAGAGGAGGGAGAACAUGAGGGGGAAUUAGAAAAGGAAAUCGUUUGUCAACAACAUGUGGUCACCACAACACAGGAGCGAGUCCAGCAGCUGGAGAGACAGUUGAAGGAGGUGGAGAGAGAGAAUGAGAGAGAGCUGAAUGCCUGGAGGAGAGAGAAGAGGGAACUCCUCCACAAAACCCAAACAGUUCACAAAGACAAGAAGCCGUUCACCGAUUGGUCGAACAUCACCAGCUCCGCCCCCUGCAUGAUGUCACUCUCCCCUCUUUCUGUUCACACACCCCCUCAGGAGCCAUGCAAAGAAUCUACCAGUUUGCCGAGACGACGGAGUUCACAUCGCAGCAACAGACACAGUGACAGGCCGGUCUCAGCACAGGGUUUGGUGAGACCACCUUCAGACGGUCAGAAGCCCGUGGCCCUUGCGUCCCCCAUUUCCUCCAAAAGACUCAGCAAUGUAUACAGUGGUGGACAAAGACCUGGGUCUGUCCUCAGUCCGUCCAACAGUGCAACAAACUCUCGUGCUGUCAGUCCAUGUCUGCUGGAGCUUGUGGAGAUGGAGAAGAAACUGAGAGAAGCUAAGGCAGAGAGAGAGAGGCUGCUCAGAGAGAGGGAAGAGCAGUGGCUGUUGCUGGAGGAGAGGAGGCAGAAAGAGCCAAUCUCUUCCAUAGCAGAAACCCCACAAAGAGCAGAACCAGAACCAAAGGUCCAGGACAGAUCUCCUCUAAAGUCCCAAGAGCUGUGCAGCCAGGCCCUUUAUCUCUCUCCAAACUUUGACCUUCGGGUCCACGUGGAGUCUUUGGGUCAUGGCGUGGCUGGCUGCUCAGACCUGCGGCUGACGUCUCGCCGCUGUGCUGGCUUCCUGACCAAACGAGGGGGGAGGGUCAAGACCUGGAAGAAGCGCUGGUUUUUGUUUGACACGGAGCACAGACGACUCGCUUACUACACAGACUGUGAUGAGAGGAAGCUAAAAGGAGUGAUUUACUUCCAAGCCAUAGAAGAAGUUUACUACGACCAUUUACGAACAGCCACAUCGUCUCCACGGCCCAAUCUGACGUUCUGUGUGAAGACAUACGACCGCCUCUUCUUUCUGGUGGCUUCCAAUGCAGUAUCCAUGCGGAUUUGGAUGGAUGUCAUUGUCACGGCAACAGACGAGCACUGUCGUCAUUGACAUCUUGCAUAUGAGGCUGUUACAUGGAGGAGUGAUGCUUCAGUGGCAGCACAGUUCACCACCGGACCAGCUUUUUACACCAGUGUGCAAACUGAGCAUCUUGUUACUGGGACACUUCACUGGUUAUGGCAGACCCCCCUCUGCUGGUCAUUGUGCAGCAUUACAGUCGUGUUGACCAUUACUUGAUUAUAAUGCACAACUACGUCAUGGAGAGGACACUGCCACACUGCAACAGCAGAGCAGCUUCACUAUAUAAUGCAAUUCAAUGUUUGACAUAGGUGUUGAAGAUAAACUUUUGGGUUGGUUUAUAUAUCUGAGAUGUUUCUAUUAACACUGUUUUUCACCAGUUUUUUUUUAUAUACAUUGUGUUGUAUUAACUUAUUAUCUGGAAAUUUAUAUUAGGUUGAUUCACAAAUAAUUUAAGAAAUACAACGUAUGGAUGCACUUUUAAAUGUUUGUGUUAUGGGUCCUAAGGAUGAAGACCACGGUAACGAAGACGUCAUCUGUAUUCAUGUAAGAGAGGAGCAAUGAGGACAUGUUACAACUAGUUUCCUCUCAGAUUUCCUCUUUUUCUUGAACAAUGUGCGACAGUUACGUCAAUGCCACAUAUCUCUGCUUUAUUCCAAGUGGUUCACAAUGAACAGUUAUGUUUCCUAUAGUUCUUACCUCUCAAGUCCCCCUUCAAUAAAUACUUUUCACAAUGUAUAGAAAACAAGUUCUGUUUUCCUUAAUAAACACAUGUUUACAACAUGCUAAAAAAGU